AUGGCAAACAAAGACGAGGAUCUACUGGCGCGACUGAACGCACUCAAGCCAUCUUCCGUGAAGCUGACAUCCGAUCCCAUAUCGCCUGCUGUUGACGUCGAAGUAUCCGAGCCUGCCUCUAUCGAAGACAAGCUCGCUGAGCGUCUAAAAGGUCUGCGUGCCGGAGAUGCACAAGGGACAGCCAGGCUACCCAAUACCUCUGAUGGAACCGUAAUAACAUCCUCUGCCCACGCUGGCGCACCAUCUGCUGCUCAGGACAAGGACCCUAUUCUGGACUGGCAGCGCGAAAGCAACGAUGACCGUACUGUAGAUGAUCUGCUAGCAGAACUGGGUCCGGAUGAUCAAUGGAAGCUGGACCCGGAUGAUCCCAAGAACAUAGACUCUCUUCUGAAGGAAGCCAAAGCUGCUUUGCCACCUGAGGAAGAGCAAACCGACGAACGUACCGGAGAGGCCCAGGAUGGUUCCACGGACAACACCAAUGCGGCUGAAGUAGAGCCGACGGCCGCAAAGAAGACAGAGGAUCAGCAGGAUGACGAAGAGGCUGGCGACUACGUGAAGCGCAUCAUGGCCGAAAUCGAAAUGGACCGAAAGUACGGCAAAGACGAGUCGAACGACGAGCCAGAAGGCGAUGCUACAGAGCCACCAACCGAAUCUUCGCAGACAACUGGACUAGACCUGCCGUCAACACCAUCAACAUUACCGCCGCCUCCCUCUACCACUCAGCCACCGUCGUACGAAGACAGCGAGCUGGAAGCCCGCUUCUCGAAACUUGGGCUUGAUCUACCUUCAACACCAACAGCAGCUCCAUCAUCAAAGGCCAAAGCCACAAGUAAAGCCGGAGCUUCGAGAUUGAAGAAGGCUCAAGCAAAGUCCAGUCUGCCCACUUACACAAACGAGGACAUCGACUCUUGGUGCUGCAUCUGCAACGAAGACGCUGAAGUCAGGUGUCUUGGCUGCGAUGAUGAUCUCUACUGCUCAGAAUGCUGGCGAGAGGGGCAUGGUCAAGGACCGGGCCAGGAGAAAGGUCAUCGAGCUGUACAGUACAGUCGCAAACCCCCACCAGCUGCUGCAUGA